AUGACUACCAGAGUGCCAGCCCUCGGUGCCGUACGGCUGGACGAGCCAGCCGCCAGUGCCCUGGUCCUUAAUGCCGUCUUUCUCUUCGGCGCGUUUGUGUUCGCCAUUCUGUUGGGCCUUAUCGGGGAGGAGGUCAAGGGAACAAUAAAGGCCUUGCGGGCAGCUGACGCCACCGCUGUUGCGCUGCUGCGGCAAAUAGCGGAGGAUGUCAGCACGUCUGGCUCGCCGCUGUACGGCAGGCCGAUUGUCGUACUGGCGUCGCAGCCGCCGCCGGCGGGCUCCGUCCUGGCCUGGUCGGCUACAAGCGGGCCGCCGCUCAUACGACCUGACGCGGGUCUGCGCGGCAACGGCGUCGUACAUCGUACUGCUGGUAGACCCACGGGCCGCGACGUCGCCGGUCGCGACCGCCGCUGGCGCGGCGUCAAGCUUGCAGCUUAA